AUGGAGCGCGUGUGCCAGUCCACCGGCGCCUCAAUCCAAUCUACCUGCUCCGACAUUCAAGAGUCCCACCUUGGUACCUGCGAGACUUUCGAGGAGCGUCAAAUCGGUGGAGAAAGAUUCAACUUCUUCGAGGGCUGCCCCGGCGCAAAGACCUGCACUCUGGUCCUCCGUGGUGGUGCUGAACAAUUCAUUGCCGAAGUCGAACGUAGUCUGCACGAUGCUAUCAUGAUCGUCAAGCGUGCCAUCAAGAACCAGAGCAUUGUUGCUGGUGGUGGUGCUUGCGAGAUGGAGAUCAGCAAAUACCUUCACACCUUCGCCGACAGCAAGAUCCCCCACAAGCAGCAAGCUAUCAUCAAGUCGUUCGCCAAGGCACUCGAAGUCAUUCCUAGACAACUUUGCGACAAUGCUGGUUUCGAUGCUACCGACAUUCUGAACAGACUCCGUGUUGAGCACAGAAAGGGUAACCUCUGGGCUGGUGUCGACUUCCAGAACGAGGGCGUCAGAGAUAACAUGGCCGCCUUUGUGUGGGAACCCAGUCUCGUUAAGAUCAACGCCAUUCAAGCCGCUACCGAGGCCAGUUGUUUGAUUUUGAGCGUUGACGAGACCAUCAGUAAGCAAACAGUCGGCCUGAACCCAUUUAGAAAACGUGCUAACGCAAGAAACAGANNAAACCAAGAAUCUCAGGCUCCUCAGGCUCCUGGCCAACAACUACCCCCUGGUGCUGCCCAAAGGGCAAUGCGCGGCAGAGGAAGAGGUAUGCCCAGAAGGUAG